GUCCGUUUGUCAGUUGCUCACCGCGCGCGAGGAGAAAGACUAAAAGAUGGAGAACUUUAUUUUGUAUGAAGAGAUCGGAAGAGGCAGCAGAUCAGUUGUUUAUAAGGGCAGAAGGAAAGGCAGCAUUCAUUUCGUGGCCAUCAUCUGCAGUGAAAAACACAAGAGACCCGAAUUAACAAACCAUGUGAGACUGGCCCAUGACAUAAAACAUGACAAUGUGGUGGCUUUCUAUGAAUGGUACGAGACUAGCAACCAUCUGUGGAUGGUGGUGGAGAUGUGCACAGGUGGAUCCUUGGCAGCACUGAUCGCUCAAGAUGAAUGCUUGUCAGAGGAUGUAGUGAGAGAGUUUUCCAUUGACUUGGUUAAAGGUCUUAAAUACAUCCACGACUCUGGAAUUAUUGUUUCAGAUCUCACACCUGCAAAGAUUUUAUUGGAUGGACCGGGAACUCUUAAGUACUCCAAUUUCUGCCUGGCUAAAGCUCAAGGAGAAAGCUUGGAAGAGUUUUUUACUCUUGUCAUGGCUGAGGAGACGGGAGUUGGAGAAAUCAAAGAAAACAACAGCUCUCCUCGAAACAUCAAGAACAGAAUUAAAGGUUCUCCUGUAUAUUGUUCUCCUGAGGUGUUGAGAGGAUCAGAAACCAAUGUCUGCAGUGACCUGUGGGCUUUAGGCUGUGUUCUGUAUGAGAUGUUCACAGGAAAACCACCCUUUGUGUCUGAGAGUAUGACUGGUCUAGUUGAUCUCAUUUUAAAUGAAGAUCCUCCACCCUUAAGGCCAAAAGAACCGGCUUUCUCACAGCCCAGCCCAGACUUUGAUAACCUGGUAAUGGGUUUACUUCAGAAAGAUCCUGUUUUAAGGUUAAGCUGGGAUCCUCUGUUAUCUCACCCAUUCUGGAGGGAAGCAUUUUUAGAGGCUCACGACUCUAAAGGAAAACCACAGGAUAACGUCUCAUCGAUAUCUAGUCUACAUUUGGCCCCUGUAGCUCCUCAGACAGCAGAGGAAGCGCAGACAGCCCCUGGUGACCCUGCCAGCCCAAACAGCAAGUCCUUCACAUUAGAUAAUGUGAUUGAGUUUAGACCAAAGUCUGCGCUGGACAUUGAUGCCAGAGAGGCCAUUUUCCUCCUCAGCUCUAGACCAACUCCCAGAACAAGCACGGCUCGAGAAACAGAGGACAGUCAAGCAGAAAUUCAUGAGUCUAGUGUCAUGGCAGAGGAGCAGAGUGACCUGAACACAUGCAUUAAAUCACUUUUAUACACCGACUGUGACCUCACAGUGACUCCCAUCAUGGAUAACCCAAAGAUUUUAAAGACUGCUCCAGUUCGUUUUGACCCCAAAACACUUUGUGUACCAGCACACUCAGCUGAACGGUUGUCCUGCCUGAGCUCAGAAGACUGGUCUCAGUUUUUACAGCAGGUUUGUGCUGUUCUGGAGUCAGUGGACCGGGCCGGAGCAGCCAAUGCCACAGCACCACGUGCCAAACUCAACCUGCUCUGUUACCUUUGCACCGUCUGUAACCACAGAGACACGGCCACACGUCUCAUCCACUCUCAGCUGUUUCCUGUGCUGGUUCAACAAAUGCGACAGGCUCCAAACUGGGAUAUAAGAAGCAAAGUGAUGAGAGUGAUCGGCCUGCUGGCGUCCCACUGCACAGAGCUCCGAGACCACGCUCCUGUCUCAGAGGCAGUGGGCAUGUUCACAGAACUGAUCCGGGAGAACUUCAGGAGCAGCAAAUUGAAGCAAUGCUUGAUUCCACCAAUGGGGGAGCUGCUUUAUCUCAUUGCUACACAGGAAGAGAAGAAAGAGCGCCCAGGAGGAUUGUGGGUCGUUCCUGCUGCCGCCUACACCGUGUUAAUGAGGUGCCUUCGGGAAGGGGAGGAGUUGGUGGUGAACCACAUGGCUGCCAAAACCAUAGAGAACGUGUGCAGCCGAGAGUCUCAAUCCGCUCAGGGAUUCAUCACUGCAGAGGUGGGACCUGCUCUCUGGUAUCUGUUCACACACUCCACAGUGGAUGCUCUGAGGGUCAGCGCUAUAUCUGCUCUAUGUAAAAUAACGCGGCAGUCUGCGGGGGCCUUCCAGAGUGUGAUUGACAAGGUGGGAUUACCCAGCAUCCUCAGCUGCCUGGUGUCAGGCAUCAGCCGUGUCCAGCAACACAUGCUCACAAUGUUUGCUGCAAUGUUGGCAUCAGGAGCACAUUCCCACAGACUGGUACAAGACCGGGACUUUGUUAUGAAGAUAAUCCGCUCUCUGGAGAGUCCGUCUUCAGUCAUCCGCGCCAAGGCCUUCCUUGUUCUUCUGCAGGUCCUUAUGAACAAUAGAGAGAUGCUUCUGCUCUGCUGUAACUCCAGGCUGGUGAUGUACAUUGAAAGAGACGUCCGAAAGGCCACGCCAGGAAAAGAGCAACAAAGCGGCAAUGAAUACCUGUCAAAAUGCCUGACCCUCUUCAUCCGUCACACCGUGCGCGAACUGCCAGCCAUCCUGGAUGACAUCCUGUCCGUGUUAGGCAGUAUUGUGGGACGGAAGCACCCCUCGCCCACGCAGUCCCGUCAGCUGAAGCAGAGCCUCCCUAUGAUGGCUGUGGUGCUGCAUCUGCUCACCUCACAGAUCUUCCGACCGCAGGUGGUGACUGAGGCCUUUCUCAUCAAAUUUGGAAAACUCCUGAAUCACAUAACUUCCAUUGACUCCAAUGAGACGAGUUUGGGAAGUGCAAUAGGUCAAGCAUCAUCUGAGGAGCUGAUCAGAAACACUCUGUCAGCAGUGGAGGCCAUUUCCCAGCAUCCCGCUCUGCUCAGCCUCUACCCCUGCAUUGUUGUGGAGUUGAUUGUGCCGCCGCUGGCAUCGUUGGCCUUCAGUAAGAACGUGGAAUGGCGUAUUGUGAGUUUGCGUGUGCUGUCAGAGAUCACACUGCUGCUGCUGAGCCAAGACGAGGUGGAGGAGCGCGAGAGAGCUGGAGAGCGAGAGUGGGAAGGUGAAGGGAACAUCUCCUCCAACACUCGCCUGCUGACGCUCAUCUCUGAGGCCUUGCUGCCACAGUAUGAGACUCUUCUCCUGGAGCCUGAUCCUGUACCAGUUUACGCUCUCAAGCUGUUGGUGUCCCUCACUGAGCACAGCUCUCCAAUCAGCAGGCUUGUUAGAGAGAGCCGUCUCCUGCCCGCUAUCUUUCAAGUCAUUGAGGAGCACCAGAGCAACUCAGUUGGAAGCACGAUGCAGAACGCCGUCGCUCUCCUCUGCAAUCUGAUUGGACAGAAGGGCACGGACCUCCGACCGUUCUACCAGCAAGGUGUAAUCGAGGUGGUGUGUAAUGUGUUUGUGGAAGUCUCUGGUGUGUAUCUGGAGAGAGAAAUGCAGUCAGGAUUGAAGAGCUGCUCUUCUCUGCUCGUGAGUCUGCUGGACAUCAUCCACAUCCUGCUGAAAAACCUGUCAUCUGUAGUUCGACUGGCCCUGCAGAGAUCAGACAGUAAUGAAGACGCUGAGGCUGCAGAGGAACUCCUGCUCAUCAACAAGCCGCUGACAGAUCUAAACAACCUCCUCAUUCAACUGCUGGCGUGUGAUGACAGCGAGGUGUAUGAGGAGGCCAGUCACUGUGUGUCUCUGCUGGCUCAGCUGUAUGGAGGAGACGGAGCAGAUCGUCUGCAGCCGGAGGAGCUGCUCAGCCUGGCACACGCUUUGCAGACACACACUGAGCCCAGACAACAGAAACUGCUGCUCCGCGUGCUCAAACGCCUGAUGAGUGCAGUUGGCAGCUCCUGUUGGGGUUCUUCCGAGGGCCAGAUCCUGGUUCACACGCUGCAGAAACUGAUGCUGCUUAAUAGGCCGCAGUCAGACGUGACGGUGGAAUCACUGGCUGCAGAUAUUCUGAAGAGCAUCGAGUUGCACACUGAACAAAGCUUCUCUCCUGGUAUUUAACAUGUAUCUGUAAGGUUUUUUUUUUAUAUUAGAAGAAAUGUACCAUUUAAAAAAUAAAGACGUUCACACCUUUGGAUAAAUUUAAAGUCCAUUUAUUGUUUAGCCAAGUCUCCAACCAACAAAUCGCAGGCUACAAUAAUUAGGGGUUCUUUUCAAAAACCUUUCUAAAGCUACCAUCAAAAAAAUAAUCAUAAUAAUAGAUCAAGACAGUCAAGUAAAAUCAACUGAAAACUGAAAAAAUAAAAGCAAAACUGGCCCCAACUGAUUGCAAACCCUUUGGAACAUUUGUGAUUUCAUUAAAGCAAGAGAGCUGAUAUUUGGACUUCUCCAAUUCUUGGUUUUAUACAAAAGCUACACAAUGUUACAUUUGAUAAGAAUACAAUUCAACUGAUUAAUUAGUGUUCUACACCAUAAAGUCGAUAAAAUCUUGAUGGAUCAUUACCACUAGAACUCAACACUAUGAGAGAGAAAGAGAGACAGUCGAAAGGAAUACAAAGUUCUGCAAAAUAAAAAGACGAGUAUCAUAAAGCAAGCUAGAUAAGUACCAUUACAGACCCAGAUAUCCUUUGAAAAAUAAAAAGUAAGAAAAAAAAUAAAGGUACAGGCAAGGCUAAGGUUGAAAACUCCAUCUUAGGAUUUGCUUCUUUUUUUGGGCUUUCUUUCUUCUGUCAAUCACACCAAAAAAUUCUGACCGGCGAAGACCAGAACCAAACGUUUUACUUCCACGUGUUCCCAUAGGAAACUCAGCUUGUAUUAGUGUGUCAGGCACUUUCAGAGAAACUAGCCCACUCUCUCUUGAGCCCGCUCAGCAACUCUACAGGCCAAAAUCACAAUGCAGGUUCAUUCAGAUCAGACGAUACAGCU